AUGUUGGUUCGAAACUUGUUGAACGCCUCCAAAGCGUUUCUGAAGCCAGUUUCCAGGGUUUCUAUACAGCAAAGUAUGAUGAGACCCUUCAGCUACACCUCAAGAGUGUUGAGCGAAGUACAACCAAAAACUUACGAAGAAGAGAAAGUGAUUAUUGAUGAGAUCAACAACAAAUUGACCGACAAAGAUAUUAACAGCUCGAAGAAGUUGAGAAAUAUUGGGAUCUCAGCUCAUAUUGACUCGGGAAAGACUACUUUCACCGAAAGAGUGUUGUUUUAUACUGGUAGAAUCAAGUCCAUUCACGAAGUCAGAGGUAAUGAUGCUGUUGGUGCAAAGAUGGAUCAUAUGGAUUUGGAAAGAGAAAAGGGUAUCACCAUCCAGUCGGCUGCCACCUAUUGUUCAUGGGACAAGGAUAACCAGAGUUAUCACUUCAACUUGAUCGAUACCCCUGGGCACAUUGAUUUUACUAUUGAAGUGGAAAGAGCUUUGAGAGUUUUAGAUGGGGCAGUUUUGGUGGUGUGUGCAGUUUCGGGUGUCCAAUCCCAAACUGUAACCGUUGACCGUCAAAUGCGUAGAUACAACGUUCCAAGGAUCACCUUCAUCAAUAAGAUGGAUAGAAUGGGUGCUAACCCAUUCAAGGCUAUUGAACAAAUUAACUUGAAGUUGAAAACUCCGGCUGCUGCUAUUCAAGUUCCAAUUGGGGCCGAGUCUGAAUUGAAAGGUGUUGUGAACAUUAUUGACAGAGUGGCUCUUUAUAAUGAAGGUCCACAAGGUGAAGUAAUUAGAACAGACUCGAUUCCAGAGGAUUUGAAAGAUUUGGUGGAAGAAAAGAGAGCUUUAUUGAUUGAAACUUUGGCUGAUGUAGACGAUGAAAUGGCUGACAUUUACUUGGAAGGUGAAGAGCCAACUGUUGAGCAGAUUAAGAGUGCUAUUAGAAGAGCCACCAUCGGCAGAAAAUUCACCCCUGUGUUGAUGGGUUCAGCCUUAGCCAAUAAAGGUGUCCAACCUGUCUUAGAUGCGGUUGUCGAUUACUUACCUCAACCAAAUGAAAUUUUGAACAGAGGUUUAGAUGUCACCACGGCCGAAGAAAAACCUGUUAACUUGGUACCUUCAAGCAGUGAACCAUUUGUUGGAUUGGCCUUCAAAUUGGAGGAAGGUAGAUUUGGUCAAUUAACGUACAUCAGAGUUUACCAAGGUAAGUUGAAGAAGGGUGCUUACAUUAAUCACCUCAAGUCCGGAAAGAAACUCAAGGUUUCUCGGUUAGCCAGAAUGCAUUCAAAUGAUAUGGAGGAUGUUGAAGAGGUUGGAGCCGGUGAGAUUUGUGCUACUUUCGGUAUAGACUGUGCUUCUGGUGAUACUUUUGUGGGAGCUAAUUCCGAGCAGAAAAUCGCCAUGAGCUCCAUGUUCGUCCCAGAUGCCGUCAUUUCAUUAUCGAUUCACCCAAAGUCCAAGGAUAAUGGAAGUUUUUCCAGAGCCAUCAAUAGAUUCCAAAAGGAAGAUCCAACUUUCAGAGUGAGAUUUGAUGCUGAGUCCAAGCAAACCAUCAUUUCAGGUAUGGGAGAAUUACACUUGGAAAUCUACGUGGAAAGAAUGAAACGUGAAUACGGGGUCGAGUGUAUUACUGGUAAACCGCAAGUGGCGUAUCGUGAAGCCAUUACUGCUCCAACCACUUUUGACUAUACCCACAAGAAACAGAGUGGAGGUGCUGGUCAAUAUGGUAGAGUUAUUGGAGAAUUGAAGCCUUUGGUGGGAGAAAACAAGUUCUCUGAACUGAUUGUGGGAGGUAAGAUUCCCGAAAAGUUCUUGUUUGGUUGUCAGAAAGGGUUUGACGACUCUUUGGACAAAGGUCCAUUGAUUGGCCAUAAGGUGUUGGGAGUCCACAUGCACCUUAAUGAUGGUCAAUCACAUAUGGUUGAUUCUUCUGAGUUUUCUUUCAGAACCGCCACUCAAGGAGCUUUUAAGCAAGCGUUUUUGAACGCCCAGCCAGUCAUUUUGGAACCCAUUAUGACGGUGGAGGUAAAUGCACCCAAUGAAUACCAAGGAAGUGUGGUGGGAUUGGUUAACAAAUUAGGAGGAUUAAUUUUGGAAACCGUUAAUAACCAAGAAGAGUUCACCGUUACUGCCGAGUGUUCAUUAAACUCAAUGUUUGGAUUUUCCACCUCUUUAAGAGCUUCUACUCAAGGUAAAGGUGAAUUUUCAUUGGAAUUUCUCAAAUACUCUGAAUGUCCUCCACAGUUGCAAAGAGAAUUGGUGGCUGAAUACCAAAAGAGUUUGCAGGCUAAAAGGUAA